GUAGUAUGCCCAUAACCAUUUCUCAUCCAUAAAAGAAUUAGUUAUAUUUGACACAAAAGUAAAAGUUUUGGUGUAUAUCUUGCCUUAAAAUUACAUUACAAGCAAAAUCUGAUUGUGACCAUCUCUUUUUUACUUUUUUUAGUUUGCCAAUGUAAUUCAAUGUAACAUUCCCUCCUUUUCUAUGAUGAAGAGAUUAUCCGCUAUAGGUCAAGUCUCCCAUGUUUUUGCUUUUAAGAUAAUACACCAUGGUGACUCUCUAAAAGGACAUCCAUAUCUGCUUUGCUCUAAGCUAAACACGUUUAACUUUAAGUUCUUAUCGUAGUUGCUCCCAAUAACUCGAGUUGUUGGGAGAAGUUCAAUUGUAGAUCAUAAACCUCAACACUAAUACGCCCCCUCAAACGAAAGCCACUCACAAGGGCUUGAAGUUUGCACAGGUCUGAAGACAAGAAUACCAUGUGCUUAACAAAUGGGGGUCACUGGGAAUCGAACACAAGACCUUUCGGUCACAGAAGGCUCUGAUACCAAGUCAAAAACCAAUUGGUCCCAAUAACUCGAGUUGUUGGGAGAGGUUCGAUCGUGAAUCAUAUACCACAGCACUAAUACUAUCAUUAUUGUCCAUAUCGUUUUAGAAGUUAUCCCAAAGUCUAAACAAGUAAAUCAAAUUACAAAGUUGACGACGAGGUAAAAUAAAAAUUGUAAUGAAAUGGCGGACAUUGUUGACACAAACGUUUUCCCGCUAACUAGGGUCGUUCACUCACAAAUCAUAAUUCAGUUGCAUGCUUUCUCCCGUGUGACUCGCUCUCUUCAAUCACUCACCACUCUUGGUGCUUCCAUCAAUUUUCCCUCCAACCUUCCAUUCAUCGUUUCUACUCAGCCAUAAAAAAGAAACAAUAAUAGUAACUCAAAUAAUAACAACAUUAAGUAAAAAAAGACAAAGAAAAAGGAAGAAGUCAAAUAUCAUAAGGGCCUCACAUCAACAAUUAUAGAAAGAUAACUUCAAAGAAGCACAAAGAAGAUCACAAUAACGACAAAACAUCAAGAACAAUAGUUGAACUAUCUGGUGGCUGUAGUAUAUACUUUCUCUCAAUUUUAUUUUCUUUUGCAUUAUUUAUUUGCUUGUAUUACCUUUGGGUUGGGAACUACAUUUGGUGAUCUUGUCAGGCAAUUCUUUGCGGUGAAACAAAUUUGGGCAGAUUUCAUUGAGAGAUCGGCUACCCUCUUCGCCUUUUUGGAGCUUCACUGUAAAUUAAUUAAGACAAAAAGAAACAUCAGUCCUAAAAGAUCAAGGUAUCCAAUGUUCUUCCUCCCCUUCCAUCGUUCUGUUGCAUUAUUCCCCGAGCAUUUCAUGUGUAUCUCCUAUCUAUCAUGAUGCCCAAACAAAAAAGCAAGCUUACCCAUUUUUUAAAAAGGAUUUGAUACUUGGUUUAUGUAUGUUAUGAUUUGUGAUGAGAUUAUUUUCUUAUAAAAACUGUUUGAGAUUGAGAAGCCUUUAUAUUAUAAUUGCUUAGGCGGCAUAAGGGAAAAAAUGUCAGCAGUGGAUAGCCGGCGUGAAUCCCUGGCCGGGUUGACCCUGGAUGCGGUGUUGGGAAACAACAAGAGAUCUGGAUCUGGUCCGGGUGAAGUGAAUGCAGCCACCGCGGCACAUAUGAACAAAACCCUACUCGAUAUCAUCCGCGAUGAAGAUCCCCAUCGCUCCUUGUUUGGACACAAAGACAAAAAGAGCUGGAAAGCAUUCAGAGAAAGGCUACGACUACGGAGAGCGGGAGCCGCAUGGACAUCCUCUAUCCAGAUCCCCACAUCCGAUCUACCCAUCCACAAAAAUGCUCCUCCUCCUAGGUCAAUGAUGUCCCGUCGUAACUCUGUCCGGUUCACAACCACCACCGAUCAUCCUGAAGAAUUCGGGCCUCAAAUGUCACGCAAAACCUCCACCAAACAUGGACCCACUAGUCAUGUGGACGGGGAAGAGUUUGCAGUGGGCGAUGAGCUUCCAGCUCGAAGCUUUAGACCACAGAUGUCGCGGCGGCACUCCGUCCGGAUGCAUGAGGAAGAAGAGGACGCUGUGAAUCAGCGACCAGGCGCAACAUUGGUAGAAGAGAGAGUAUUGUCAGCUAGGGAGGCGAUUGCAGCGCAGGAGGCCUCAGAAGCAGCUGCCGCACAAGAAGCUGCUGCAUCCGAAGAGGAGGAGGAUGAGAAAUUUGUUGAUGUCGAAGAGGAAGGAAUGGGCAUGUCGCUUAUGGAUUUGCUGGAGGAGACUGAUCGACAGAUGGGGUUUGAAGGAGCAAGGUAUGUGGUAGGGGAUCAGGACAAUGAACAAACUUACGACUACGAGGAUGACGAUGAUAGCGAUGUCGCUGGUGGGACUGAGCAUACUUGUUGCGUGUGCAUGGUCAGGCAUAAAGGCUCGGCUUUUAUUCCUUGCGGCCAUACCUUCUGUCGACUUUGCUCAAGGGAGCUUUACGUUCAAAGAGGGAAUUGUCCACUCUGUAAUGGCUUCAUCUUAGAAAUUCUUGAUGUUUUCUGAUUCAAUUCUCUCUUUCUCACAAUCACAUCUAUUCUUCCUACUUACCUCAUUCCCGGUCCUCUCAUCCAAAUUUACUUGAAUGGUGAUUAUAUUAUUAGUAUCGGUAUUUUCUCUUCAUUCCAGAAAAUAAAGAUAUAUUGGUUUGACUGGAAUUUCGUAGCUCACAUUUUCUAUGUUUUAUUGUGAAAUGGUGAAAACCAAAACUACCUCUUCAUCAUUAAUCAAACGAAUAAAAAAAAUCACCAACAGAGUCGUUAAAGCCAAUUAAUGAGCUAUAGACGAGUUCGACUGGCAAAUAGUGUGGGUACCAAUUGCUAGAUCGUGACCCCAAUGGGCAAGACUAUUCGCUAAAAAUAUAAUUUAGCCUCUCUAUAUACAUGAAUAAUAGGUAUCUCCCAAUUUCUUUGCCGGAGCUCUGUGAAAGAAAGCACCAGGUUUGGAUGUUGGUGGAUGGUCGGUUGGAAUCUCAAUAGUAAGAGGUUGAAUGGUUAUACGCGAGUCGAGCUCGAGUUCAAAUUUUCCUUUGCCAGUGCCCCAGGCCAGCUAGAGCCCUUUGAGUGCGCCCUACAGCUUUGCAUGAGUGAGCGUACAUCUUCACAGGUUCAUAGAGUAAGCCCCCUAACAAGCGACCUUGCCCGUCUCAAAGUGCCCCUCCUGUAGCGGUAGACCUGACACUCACAAGAGCGAGCUGUCAGAGUUCACUGUGAGCCAUCGGUCGAGGUCGGUUCCCACAAAACAACAACGUCUCAAUGCGACCUGACCUCCCUAGUGCUAGGGUGUGGUCUGCUGCCUUAUUGUGUCCCGCAAUGACCCCUCAGACUACGGUAUUUUGCGUAAACUUAUUAGGGGCUUCCAGCUCAAGAUAGGGUGAGUAACUUUAGGGUGAGUAACAAUGAGUAACCAAAUCUGGACCCUUCUUUAAAGUGGCUGCAGAUCGAAGGGUGGAGAAUUAAAGUAUUAUUUUCCCUAGUUUUCUUAAUUGGAUCAUAUCUUCUUCAUUCUAACUCGGAUUUCAAUUUUUUUUUUUUUACACAGAUGGAACGAGUUCGUUGUGCUCUACAAAAUGAUAUCCAUUUUCAAUAUUUUUUGAGAAAAAAAUUUUCAUCCCUCUCGUUACCAACUCCAUACCAUAUGGUAUCUUCUUCGUUGUUUAGUCAUUUUCGGAAAUUUUUGCACAAAAUGAACGAUUUAAUCAAUGAUCUAUUGGAUUUCAAAAUUUUCUGGGGGGAAAAAUUUCAUACCUCUCGUUACCAACUCCCUACCAUACUAUACCACCCUAUAUGAGGUGGUAUUUUUCAUACCAUAUGGUAUGCUAUUAUUUAAUACCAGUCAAUACCAUAUGGUAUUGACUAGUAAUAAUUGACAAAAAAAUUUUGUUCCAAAAAAUAUCAAAGUGGAUAUCAUUUUGAAUCGUUACCAACUCCAUACCAUACUAUACCACCCUAGUAUGAGGUGGUAUUUUUCAUACCAUAUGGUAUGCUGUUAUUUAAUACUAGUCAAUACCAUAUGGUAUUGACUGGUAAUAACUGACAAAUUGUUUUUGUUCCAAAAAAUAUCAAAGUGAAUAUCAUUUUGAAGAGCACAAUUAAUCUGAUCUAACUGUGCAAAAAUAAUUGAAUUUCGAGUUAAAACGAGUGAAAAAUCGUCCAUUAAAGAUUAAGGGGAAAAAAAUUAAUGAUUUUUUCCAGGUGAGAGAAAAAUGCGCUGAUGUGGUAGAUUCUUAUUGGGUUAUGCAUGAGCUUACUCACCGGAUCUGGUCCCGAGCUUCCACGAUGUCUGAAAAAAUAGGAUGAUUCAGC